GGCGCUAGAACCAUAUCUCCACUUUACAAAAAAAAGGCAGAAGUAACGGCACUGUCUAGAGAGAACAAAUCAAGCCAAAGCUGUGCAAACAGACUCUUGUGUCUCCCUCUCUCCGUGGCGUCGGAGUGUGUGCGGCCGAUGCGCUGCAGGCUGAAGCGUUCGGAGGCUCGUAUCCAGUUUAAAUCCUGCGCUCACCCUCUGUUGAGUAUAUGUGGAGCUUAAGCGACACUUCUAUGAGAAUCCCCACUGAACAGCGAGACGAAGUUUGGUUGUUUUCCUGAACCGGGGGUGCUGGGGAGAGUCGAGGCGAGAGAGAGAGGGCGAAAGAUGGUUUUGAACAGCCUCCCGUGCGUCCUGGUUUCGCUGUGCUUGGUUUUUUUCUCGUCUUCUCCGUGCAAAGCUCGGAUUUACACCAACCACUGGGCUGUUCGGAUAGCCGGCGGACCUGAGCAAGCAGAGCAUAUCGCCAAUAAAUAUGGGUAUAGAAACCUGGGCCAGAUUGGUGAUCUGAAGGACUACUACCAUUUUUUCCACAGCCGGACGAUAAAAAGGUCGACGCUUUUCAGCAGAGGCUCACACAGCUUCAUCUCCAUGGAGCCAAAGGUGGAAUGGGUGCAACAGCAGGUCGUGAAGAGGAGAAUAAAGCGAGAUUAUAAACCCUCAUAUCCUGGUCCUGUACAAUCCAGUAUAGUCCAGUCCAACUCGAUUUACUUCAAUGAUGCUAAAUGGAGCAGUAUGUGGUACAUACACUGUAAUGAUAACAUCAAUAACUGUCAGUCUGACAUGAAUAUCGUGGGCGCAUGGAAGAGAGGCUACACGGGCAAGGAUGUGGUGGUUACCAUUCUGGAUGACGGCAUCGAGAGGAACCACCCAGAUCUCACACAGAACUAUGAUAAUGAGGCCAGUUAUGACGUAAACGGUAAUGACAUGGAUCCCAUGCCCCGAUAUGAUGCCAGUAAUGAGAACAAGCAUGGCACGAGGUGCGCUGGUGAAGUAGCAGCAUCCGCCAACAACUCCCACUGCACGGUGGGCAUUGCUUACAAUGCCAAGAUUGGGGGUGUCCGCAUGUUGGACGGAGAUGUGACAGACAUGGUAGAGGCCAAAUCACUGAGUCUACACCCUCAACACAUAGAUAUUUACAGUGCCAGCUGGGGUCCAGAUGAUGAUGGCAAAACCGUGGACGGGCCCGCUGCCCUCGCCAGACAGGCCUUUGAAAACGGCAUCAGACUGGGCAGGAAGGGACGGGGCUCGAUCUUUGUUUGGGCAUCAGGAAAUGGUGGUCGGAGUCGAGAUCACUGCUCAUGUGACGGCUACACCAACAGCAUCUACACGAUAUCCAUCAGCAGCACGGCUGAGAGCGGCCGCAAGCCCUGGUAUCUGGAAGAGUGUUCCUCAACCCUCACCACCACCUACAGUAGUGGAGAGAAUUACGACCGUAAAAUCAUCACGACAGAUCUGAGGCACCGCUGCACAGACAGUCACACUGGAACAUCAGCAUCAGCUCCGAUGGCAGCAGGGAUCAUUGCUCUUGCUUUGGAAGCAAAUCCUUUCCUUACGUGGCGAGAUGUGCAACACAUUGUAGUGAAGACGUCUCGUGCUGGCCAUCUCAGCGCUCCUGAUUGGAAAACCAAUGCAGCUGGUUAUAAUGUCAGUCACCUGUAUGGUUUUGGGCUAAUGGAUGCGGAGGCCAUGGUGAAAGAGGCAGAACGCUGGAAACAGGUUCCCCCACAGCACAUCUGCGUGGAAAAUGCUGACAAACAAAUCAGAACCAUCCGUCCAGAGCAUGUCGUUCGUUCCGUGUACAAGGCAACAGGCUGCACGGAUAAUGCAAACCAUCAUGUUAUUUAUCUGGAGCAUGUGGUUGUACGUAUAACAAUUACUCAUCCGCGGCGAGGAGACCUGUCAAUCAACCUAACCUCACCAUCAGGGACAAAGUCACAGCUGCUUGCCAACAGGCUGUUUGAUCACUCAAUGGAGGGCUUUAAGAACUGGGAAUUCAUGACAACUCACUGCUGGGGCGAGAAAGCUGCUGGAGACUGGGUACUAGAGAUCUAUGACUCUCCUUCCCAACUCAGGAGCCAGAAGGCACCAGGCAAGCUGAAAGAGUGGUCUCUGGUACUUUAUGGUACCUCCGUGCAUCCGUACUCAUUCCGCAGUGACAAGCCUCGCUCAGUGGCGGAGACACAGUCUGAUGACGAGUACAGUGAGGAGUAUGUGGGCUCCUGCCACCCUGAGUGUGGUGACCAUGGCUGUGAAGGGCCAGGCCCUCAGCAGUGCAUCACCUGUCUACACUACUUCCUCAAGUUCAAGAACAACACCAGGACGUGUGUUCCCGAGUGUCCGUCUGGGUUUUUCCGGGACGAUAAGAAGCGCUGUAAGAAGUGCUCUCCGCUGUGCGAGUCUUGUGUCGGCAGUCGCAGCGAUCAGUGUUCCACCUGUCGCCCGGGUCUCUACCUGGUGGAGGGAGCCAACAACUGCAUCAGCUCCUGUCUCGACGGCUUCUACCUGGACCUUGACUCCACCAUGUGCCGGAAAUGCAGCGACAACUGCAAGAAAUGCACCUCGGCGAACAUCUGCACAGAAUGCCAAACUGGUCUCAGCCUACAGGCGAAUAAGUGCCAACUGAGCUGUGAAGUUGGGACCUAUUAUAAUGGGCACCGACGGGCAUGUGAAAAGUGCCACACGACUUGUGCCACCUGUGCAGGAACUGGCAUGGAAGCGUGUAAUGACUGCGCUCCGAACUAUUACUUCGAGGAGUGGCGUUGCGUCUCCAGCUGCAGUGUGGGAUAUUACUUGGCGGAACAAACGAAAGACAACGGAGACGUCCAAAAGUCCUGUCAAAAGUGUGAUCCUACAUGCUACGCCUGCGCAGGCCCGGGGGAGGGGAACUGCAGCUCCUGUGUCAAUGGAUAUAACCUGGAAAAUGGUUUGUGUGUCGUCAGCACCAUCUGCAAAGAUGCAAAUGAAGAAUCGUGGGCUGAGGGAAGUUUCUGUGUGCUUGUGAAAAAGAACAAUCUGUGCCAGAGGAAGGUUCUGCAGCAGCUGUGCUGUAGAACAUGUUCUCUAAAGGGCUGAAGGAACUUUUCCGGCCCCACUUGCCGCUCACGUUCCGCUAAUUUAUAUUCCGGUCGGGAACCUCGAAUAUGGGACUACAUUGUGAGGUUUCUCGAUGCCAGAACUACAACAAACCUACCUUUAUCUCUGUGUGUCUGUCUGUGUGUGUGUGUGCGUGCGCGUGUUCGUAUCGACAGAAGCUGUCAGGGUGGUGCGACUGGGAUCAGUAAUAAACAGCAAAUCAUACAUGUCGGUAUUUUGUGACCAAAGCAUGGAUGCCAAAUUUUUUUUUUACCUUUUUCUUCCCUUUGGGUCCAGAGAAGAAUUUGGAGUGACAUGCUGAGCGUUGAAGGGGCGGUUCUUUAUGUUUAUGACAGCAGUGAUCAAAGCCAGUUUGUGCAUAUUCUGAAUAAAGCACACUCGGAGAACCUCUACAAGUUUCAGCAAGACCUCUGUGAGCAAAGGAACGACAUAAACCAUAGCGCAGGUUCAUCUCCUGAUCUUCACGACUGCAGUAAAAUCAAUACAAGAUACAAUAAGAAGUACUUUCCUGAAGGGAUGAGUAUUGUACUAACACUAAUGACCGUUUAGCUGAUGAAUGCCGUCAUGUCAGGUGGUCUCACUGUUCAGAAAUUCUUCACCUCAGGCUCAGAUCUCUUACCUGUUUGUGUGUGUGUGUGAUUGCGUGUGCGUUUCAUUAUUCAAGUGGAAAAAUAGGUUUCGGGAAACCUAGGCGUAACCACAACCGGUGUUAGUGUAGCCAUGAAGAAACAUUGACUGGGCUGAAGUACAGGUUUUAGUCGUGGUAGCUGAAAUGAGGUUUGAAACACUUUUUAAUUCAUUUUACCUUACCAGGCCAUUCGUGAUAUGCCUUUAAAAAAUGAAAUAAAUCCCUAUACAUGCAUUAUUUUUUGUAUCUUGCCAUUUCAUGAAACAGCUCCACAAUAUUAAUCCUACAUAGUUAAUGUGAAAUGAAUAGUGUGUCCGGGUAGAUCAGGGUCAGCUAUUUAUAUUUUAUUGAUUUAUCAUGCAAAUGUAUAGUGAAACCGCUCCAUUUUAAUCAACUUUGAAAUGGCCACUUAAAAUAGUUCAUUAUUCCAUGUCUUUACGGGAGAAUAAAACUUUUAUUCACAUAACUGGUGCUAUUGACAUAAUGGAGUUGUUAGAGGGAGUUUUUUGAAUUCACAUUUGUGUCUUGGAUUCGUGACGUCCAACAUAUAUUUGUGAAUUCAAGUUAAUUUUUAGUUUAGAUGUUUAUUUUUGAUCAAACUGGCCAUUUUUUACUGUAUGCCAUUGCAGUAUCCUGGGGAAAAGAAAAGAGAAAUACUUGAGGGGAGUGUAUUACGUUUUAAUAAAGGUCAGAAACGAGGUGAAAUGUUUAGGUAUACUAAUAGUACUACACAACAAAUUAGACUUCUACAUUCAUUAAGGACAUGUUCGACCAAUCCACUUUUGCUCAAUGUUAAGGGGAUUUCUGUCUUUUAUUUAUGAAUGCUGUGGUUUAAGAUGACAUAGCCUUUUAUUUAUGAAAAAGAUUUAUAAAUGGUCUUAGUUCAAAUGAGUUGUGUUUUGUGGAUGGCGUUGCAGCCACUUAAUGCUAAUUGAGUAUUCAUGACGCAAAAAAAGUUGUAGUAUGAUGUACGUUUUUUUUGCGGACUCAAUACAUGCAACGUUACAUAACUAAUGUUAUAUAGAGAAUCAGUCUAUGUUCAAAUGUGUUGCAUUUACUCUGUUCUGGCAACGUUUUUUUCUUAAUGUAUAUAUGUAUUUUUAUCUCUAUUAACCUUAAAAUAUAUUUUGCACCCACGUUCAAUUGAAAUAAGGGGGGAAAACGGAUGAGUUUUCUAAAAUUAUUUUAUAAUUCUGUUUUUAGCCGGCUGCCAUUGACAGUUAGUCUAGAUGAAGAUGUUUGUAGUCAGGGCCAAGAUAAAUAAAAUGUUUUAUCAUGUAGAUAAGACUGGACGAAACAAAUGGUUUACUGAUCUUUUUAUUAAUGAACUUUAAAAUAAAAACACGACUCAGAGAGAUUAAAUGAGACUACUUUUGUUUGCUCAUUUAAAUGACAUGCUUGCUCAAAUUACUGGUGAAAUCUUCCGUCAUUUUUGACCGCACAAUUUUACUUAAUCGGAAUGGUACGAAACUUUGUAAAAGGAAAAAAAAAAAAUUAUGGACAUGAUUCGAAAAGGUUAAAUGGUCCUGAAAAAAAAAAGGUCACACGUGAAACCCUCGCGGUAAAAAAUGACUGCAUUCUAGUGGAAACAUUUGGUACUGCGCCUAACAAAAUCUCACCGCAAAUUUGAAACCCAACUGGUUUACAUUUAUGGCUUUGAUUUUCUUGCAGUUUUAGAGUAAUAUUUUGAAGUAUGUUUUGAGACCUAUAUAUUUCAAAUAAAAAUUGAAAAUCGUAUUUUUGUGCAUUUUCCUAACAAUAAACGUGAACUUCUA